CCUGUACUCUCUGCCGCGCCCACUUCAAGCGGCCUGACCUUUUGAGUACGUUGCACGUCGUGAAAUGAUCAUGGCAUCUCAUAGCAUCGGAUGGUCCAUGCUGACGUUUAUUCCCUGUUAGAACGGCAUAUGGACCGUCACCGCCAAAAGGAUCUCGAAGCAGGUGGUCCAGGCUGCGGUGUUCUCGACACCAGGAAACGAUCCUGGAAAGCGCCAGACGGAUCCGUCGUUGAAAAGCGUCCUUGUACAUACUCUAGUCAGAGAAGAUCCUCAACUGAGCGCCUGCAGUCCGAGGCUCAACAGGAGCCAUCGCCUGAGCCUGAAUCUACUGAGCUUGACUAUGUUAACUCGGCAUUUGACACAACAACGGUUCCGAAUAUCGACGCAAGUGCCGAUACGGACCUCCCUAUAAUCCUGGACAUUCGAUCUGGACACACUGAUACGACUACUGCGGAACACCCUGGAGACUCCGUCGGCGCCCUAUCCUUCUCGGGCGGUAUCCCUUCCCAGCAAGAGGACCCCACCCUACUCUACAACCAAUCUUGGACUGAUCUCCUCCAGUCGAGGACCUUGGAAGAUCCUUUCAGUGGUACUGAACAGCUACAGUACGACAGGAUCUUCCAACCAGAUACAGCCAGUUCGUUUAAUAUGCCAUAUACGACUGCCUUGGACUACAACUGGCUAUUCAGCGUCGACAAGUCCCCUGUUACCUUUGGAGGAAGCGACUCUACUCACUCUCCAGAAUUCUAUGGUCAGGAUUUUCAAGGAGUCAAUUUGCAAGGAGGAUUGGCCAUUACUCCGGAAUCGAUGGGCUCUCAACCCUGGUCAGAGACCAUGGACGCGGAUCACCGGGAACCCAGGAACCAAGAACAACCUUACAUUGACGUCAAUAAUCACCCUCCGACACAAAGAAUGAUGGGCCAUUCCGCUCGUCCCGGCUCAACAGAGGUCUACCCUGAGAGGAGCUCAAGAAGAAGACUGGCAGAUGGAUCUGCCGGUACUCAAAAAAACCGUAGCGGCGGAGGCCAUGCUGUUCCUAUCGAGUUUGAAAGGCCACUUUCUACGUUGCGGAAACCCCUUCCGCUUCCAAUACUCACCGAGGUCAUACGGGAGCGUCUUUUGAAAAUAAUCGACACUGCAAAUCCUUCUCUCCCAGAUCAGCGACAUUCUAUUUGGGACCACCCGUUGCUCUCGGUCGCAUCACUUCAAUCCUACCUGGAACUAUAUUUCACCCGCUUCAACACAGCAUAUCCGUUGAUCCACUUAGCCACCUUCAACGUACAUGAAGAUGAGCCUCUUCUGCUUCUCUCAGUUUGUCUGCUCGGAGCCACAUAUUCAACCAAGGAUGCACACCAACUUGCAGUGUGCAUCCACGAUGUUAUUCGUCCCAGCAUCUUCGCGCACGCUGGCUUUUCACCUAGGCCGGAAUUGUGGACUUUGCAGACCAUCUUGUUGGUAGAAUGCUUCGGCAAGUCAAGAGCUGGUCAGAAGCAACAUGAUAUGAGCCAUCUAUUUCACGGGCUUCUGAUUAAUCUCAUCCGACGAUCGGAUUGUCAGUCCAUCAAGCCCGUUGGUCCCCCUCAGGGCUCUGGCGAGGACAAUAUUGAGGGUCUAGAGCGCAUAUGGAGGCGCUGGGCCGAGGCUGAGCAAAAGAAAAGACUCGCAUUGCUCUGCUUCAUGUGGGAUACUCAGCACGCAGUACUUUUCUGUCAGAGCCUUUGCAUGUCUUCAUUUGAACUACGGCUGGAACUUCCAUGCAGCCAGAGUAUUUGGGAAGCCCGAGAUCCUACAUCCUGGGUAUCUGCAUGGCGGUCCACCCUCUCGGCAGACCACAGAACGCUAUAUCUCCCUACCCUUAAGUCUUAUUUGUCGUCGACAAUCCCGCGACCGACCGGUCUCGGCGCAUUAUCUCGAAUCCUAAUCCUCCAUGGAUUAAUGUCCAUUGCGUGGGAUAUGCAACGCCGUGAUCAGACAUCUCUUGGAGUCGUGUCCGAGGGAAGCGUCGACGUUUCUUGGCGCAAACUCAUCAGCACCGCGUAUGAUCUUUGGAAAGUUGAUUUCGAUUGGUAUUGUGCGGCUGUAAACACCAGGUUCCAAAGAGGACAGCAGGGCCAGCAACCUGGACGCGAUGAUUCCGUUAUCGAAGAAGAAACCCAACGCAGCGAAUUUGUUGCGUUCGCUGCCGCCUACAAUGCGGUCUAUCAUUCAGCACAAGUGCUGCUGAAUGUCGAAUUUUUAGACGUACAAAUCUACGCUGGAGCUCGCCAUAUUCUCGGCCGGCCGGUGCAGCAAAGGGAUUAUCUGCGGUCCGCCCAGGUCGUGAAACGGUGGGCUGCCAGCACUAUCCCAGCAGCCUCAAGUCGAGAGACAUCCAGUUCAAGUGGAAAAGAGCCUGCCACCACUCCAUCAAGUGAGCAACAGGCCCUUCAGCCAAAUCAGUCGGCGGCAACUGCUGCUUGGCAUGCGGCGCGGAUGCUGCGAGAUACGAUGAAGGUUUUGGUUGACUCGGAGGCUAUGAACUUGUUUCACGUCCCUUGGUGUCUCUACUUGGUGACCUUGACCUGUUGGGCCUUCCACCACGCGCGUCCAAGCCGCGGUCGCAGAACGUCUUCCCGCGUGAACCACGGUGCGUCGGAUGAUGAGGAUGAUGACGCCUACAAUGAAGACGACGAGAUGGUGUGGGAUCCUCAAGCGGAGAUGAAGUCACUGCUCUCUAGUAUGGCCAGUGGCAUCAACCGCAGCGAAUCCGUGCUGUCUUGGGAACGUCGGCGUACGAACGGACUCGUCUGGAUCAUGGCAGAUUCACUGACCAAGGUUCGAUGGGGCAUCGUGCAUUCGGGUGUUGUUGUGUUGCGAGGCUUGGUGCCGCAGCGCUUGAUCAAUCAGUACGAUGAGUUUGAAGAUUAAUUAGAGUCUUUUAAAUCUCGAAAUGACGGAGAUUGAAUUAUGAUGACAUGGUUAUGAUUUAAAAUAUUAAACAUUUGGCUCUCAAAAUACCCUUACUUGAAAUUAAAUGAG